AUGUUUGCCGGUGAAUCUUCAACACAAGGAAAGGAUCGUACAAAACGGUUUAAAGAAGAUGAAUCUGAAAAAGGAGAGGAUCGUAUAAGUACCCUUCCUGAUGAUAUAAUUGCCGACAAAAUCCUUUCUCGCGAUUUCGACACGAAAUUCCUUAUUUCAACAGGUAUAAUUUCUAAACGAUGGCAACACCUUUGGAAAUUUGUUCCUUAUCUUGUUUUUAGUGAUGAAUCACUUCGUAAGAAGGUAGAAGAAUCUUUAUUUGUUUUUGGUUUUGGGGAUAAGCCUUUUUUAGAGUUUUAUAAUGGUGUUAAUGGUGCCCUUGCUCAGUAUCGAUUACAAAGUGUCACUAAGUUUGAGGUGGAUGUCAAUUACAAUGCUAGGUUUUCACAAGAUGUUAAAAGAUGGAUAGAAUUUGCUCUUAGUAGGUAUGUGAAAGAAUUUUCGUUGAACUUAAGGCAUUUGGGAGAUCAUGAUACAUACUCAAUUAUAAGUGACCUAUUUUACAAGAGUUCCGAUUUCACAAGUCUUGAUAUAGGGUACUGUUUGCUUCGGCCUAAUGUUGCAAUUGCGUGGAAAAACCUUAACAAGUUAACUAUUUCAAAAUCAAGAUUGGAAGAUGAGUUGAUACCAAACAUUGUACGUGGCAGACCAUUGUUGCAUACGUUGAUCAUUUGUAACUGUCGUGGUUAUGUCAUUAAUAUACCUUCGCGUAGUGUUAAGCAUUUGGAAAUACAUGGAUUUGAAUCUGAUGAACUUGAAACGCUUCUUGAGAUCGUUGCUCCUUAUAUUACACAUCUUACAAUCGUUGAUAGUUUGUGGAUAUCAAACAUUUCUCUUACCGAUGUCUCAUCUGUGGUUAAAGCUUACCUCAAUUUCGAGUUUCCCCAUUUCUCUCAUAGAAUUAAGAAGCCUUAUGCAGAGUUACUACUAGGUGAAAUGGUAACUAAUUUGGAUCAAGCCACAGAAGUUGAAAUUGGGAUUUCUUGUUAUCCGAUUAUAUGUCGUAUGGCUUCCAAAGGAUACACGCUUCCACCCAAUGUGGUCGGUGUAGAUACUUCUUCAAUCUACUAUGCUGAUUCUAAUGUUGAAGUGAUAGAUUCAGAGACAGAGUGA